UGUAAUCAACCAAAUUUACGAAUAUAUAAACGCGGUUGAUUAGAUCAAAUUCUUUCUAGAGAAAAAGGGGUCGGUCAGCUCGCAAGCUUAGUCAAGAUCAUCGGCGGCUCCUCCUCCUCCGAACUCUUCUUGAUCUGUAUUUGGAGUGGUUGGUGGUGAGCUGCUCUUGUUCUUGGGCUUCUGUGAUUUCCCCUGUUUGUUAAAAGAUGCACUUCUGGUCAUCAUCAUACCAAAUGCAGCUAGACUUGUGUUUAUGGAUGCCAAGACAUUUAUGCAGCUCGUCGAGGAGAAGAAAAGGAGAGUUCUGGCGAAGAAAGAAGCUCCCUUGAAAUGGGAGCAAAAGCUCGAAGCCGCUGCAAAGGCGAGAGCUGAUGCUGAAGCCAAAGCGAAGAAGGCAAAAGCUGCCAAGCACAAGAGAAGGUCUGUCUCGGUGUCUUGUAGCGAUAGUGAUAGUGGCGAGGGGAGGAGGAGGACUAGAAAGUCCCACAAGAAGCGAAGAAAGCACAGCCAUUCGGAUUCAGACCAUGAGAGGAGGAAGGAUAGGAAAUCCAAGAGGAAGCCAAAGAGACAGUCAUAUGAUUCUGAUGAUGAAAGCAGUGAAGGAUAUGAUUUGGACCAUGAAAAGAGCAAGGACGGGAAACUGAGGAAGAAACUAAAGAGAAGAUCCUCUGAUUCUAAUGAUGACAGCAGUGAUGGAUAUGGCAGUGAGUUUGAUGAGAAAAGGAGGCGGCAUGGCCAUAGGAAACGCAGGCAUGAUUCGCUCCCAGGUUCAAGUUCUGACUCCGAAAGUGACGAGGAUGAGCAUUAUGCUAGAAGAAAAAGCAAUAGAAAGCAUCAUAAACAUCACCGUCACCAUGAACGAGCACGUGAUCUUGAUUCUUCAUGCGAGGAGGAGGAUGCAGGCAGAAGGGAGCAUCUUGACAAGCACCAUGGACAUGAACAUGGUCAUCGGUCGCACAGCCACGACACGUCUGAUUCUGAUAGGCACCAUUACCAUCAUCUCACUAAUGGUCGCCAACAGUCGCGUGAGCCGACUACAUCCAACAAAGAUGAAGCCUUACAGCUGGAGAAAACUGAUGGGCAUAUGGAAGAUAUGAUGCACCAGAGAAUGCUUAUCUGAAUUAUCAAAGAUGGAUUCCAUGGCAUCCCUAGAAUCUAACUGUUAUUUGCUAGCAAGAAAACUGCAGCUAGACUAUGAAUACUUGUAUACCUCUUUUGUCUUAAGUUAAUCUCUAUUUUUACUUUAUUA